AUGAGCUCCGAUAUUUGCAAUUUGGCAAUGUCCGAGCAAAAUCUUAUCGAGUUUUUGAGCAAGGGCUUCCUCACGAAUAUUAUUAGCCCAACUCGAUUUAAAGACUUAAUUUCAACGCUCGACGAACACCUGACGGAAGAGCAAAUCGAAGAGCUUUACAGAGGCCUCAGGUCAAACGAUGAGGAUGCUCUUGACGCUGUAGGUCAAAGAAUAAGGGACUGCUUAGUGGAUUCACGAUCGCAAACACGAAAAAGUGUCGAACUCAAUCAACUGAGACAUACGGUAUCCGUUGACGACCUGGUACGUUCUCUAUACACUGCACAUCAAUUGCUGGACGGUAAAAUUCAACACUUAGAUAGUACGGUCCAGAAGCAUUCGGCGGAGUUGAAGCAGCUCGGCAAAAUUCUGCGAGGCAAUCAAGUUAUGGAAAGCGUUAAGCCCCCUCUGGAACGACUGAAGGUUUUACUAGAGCAAGCGGCGGCUAAACGAAGCUAA